UCGUCCCCGUCACAUCGUCUCACUAGUCGCCCAGAUAAUUACCAAUAUAUUCAUAAUAUUUACUAUUUGACACUAAAAGUCUGAUAAAAGACUUCCGGGAAUAGAGGUAUUAUCGUCAUUGUUGAUUGAAACGAAUGAAUAGCGACGAAGAAUCGCUCAAUGACAUUAUCGUGAGUUUAAGUUUGGUGUCGAUAGGUGGGGCGGGGGAGGGGGAAAUAUUUUUAGGAAAUCGGCGUGCUGGAUAUUCUUUACAGCGUAACGCGCCCCUUGUGCUCUAACGACAAGUGAAUAAUUAUCAGUUGGCCGCUCAUUGGAGAUUGAAUUUACGUUUGUGGGAUAUUUCCGGGCGAUGCCUGGCGUGUGUGGGGAUAGGCGGUGGUGAUAAGAACUUGACGAGGACUUGGACAGCUGAGCGGGGAGUCGUCGGCUCGUCCAGAAAUUUGGACUUUUGUGGAGGUGGAGGUGUCACGGUGGGAGAUAACUCGCUUUCUGGGGAGGAUUUUUUUCAGCAGAGAAGGUGGAGGACUACGUGAAGGGUGUGCAAUUGAGGUCAUCUUUGAAAUCAUCGUGUCAUACUGAUGAUAAAUUUGAAGAAGGAAUAACACCUCGGGCCACAAAAAAAUUGGAACAGUCGAUAGGCUCGCGCGAGGAACCGUACUGGUGGUGUGAAAAUUACCUAGCUAACGAUUAUCAGAGAGAUAAGAGUGCAGCGGUGGCGGGUGAACUGGCUUGCCUCGCGACCUAUAUGGCGGGGUAUCUGAAGGCGGCGGGCGCAACGUGCGCCCCAACCGGAAGUACCCAAUAUCAUCCCCAUGGUCACCCAGCCAUGGGUGUUGGCACACAUCCCCAUCCACAUUCUCAUGGCCAUCCUGGUGGACCACAUCCUGGUUUACCCUCGCCAUUUGCACUUGCUACGCAUGGACAUCCUCAUGGACAUCCACUAGACCAUGGACUCGGUGCGUUUCCACAAGGUGUUGCACAGCGAAAACAGAGACGGGAGAGAACUACAUUCAGCCGAGCGCAGUUGGAUGUGCUUGAAGGAUUGUUUACCAAGACUAGGUAUCCAGAUAUUUUUAUGCGGGAGGAGGUGGCGAUGAAGAUUAAUUUGCCGGAAUCAAGAGUACAGGUCUGGUUCAAAAAUCGCCGAGCAAAGUGUAGACAGCAGUUGCAACAACAACAGCAGGGUCAGCAGCAGCCACAAACCUCCCCGCCAAAAGCAUCACCAAGACCAAGCCAGUCACAGAGUGUAACGAGUAAGUUAAGUAACAAUCCACCAACCCCAAGUCGUCGUUCCUCACCAGUAUCAUCACCCCGUGGCAAAGAACCAACGGGUUCAAACUCCCCAUUAGUAGCGACAAAUACUGUAUAUCCAAGACUGGGUGCUACACCAACUGGUGGUAGCGGUGCCAGUUCAGCACUGACAACUCCAUCACCGCCGUUAACCCCGGGUUCAAGUCAACUACCACCAUCUUCCUAUCCACCGCCAAUGAAUCAGAUUCAUCACAGUGAUUACGGUUUUCCUUGGAGUUCAGCAUCACCUGGAUCCGUAAAUAGCCAAUGUUAUCCGGGCCAAACAUACAACACCUAUCAGAAUCCAUACACGUCCAGCGAUUACUAUCAGAGUCAGCUCUCUCACAUGCAUCACAGCCCGCAGAGUAAUUACCAUCAUCACCAUCAUGGACAGUAUCACCACAACAUGACAUUAACAUCGUCAAUGUCACACUUAACUGGACACCAUCAUCUCAAUGCUGCGACAGUCAGCGAUAUGACGACAUCAUCAACCACUGAUUCCUCGGAGGCUUAUAUACUACCUGAGCAGAAGUAUCAGGCAAUGGUUUAGCGGCCGAUGGAUUUGACAGAUGCUCACCAGGAGCGCAGAAGACUUACUUCGGUCCAUGGAAAAUCAAGCUUCGAAGAAGGGACCCUCAUGGAGUAAUGACUAGUCGAUUAGAGGAAAGAUAUUACCUUUGAUUUAUCUUACGGGACAAUGCAAUUCGUGUAAAUGACAACGACGAGAUGUUCCUCUGGGUUAUGGAGAUGGCCCAACACCGUCUGUCAUCUACAGGCAAUUGAUCAUUGAUAACCAAUAGACUAAUUUCAAUUUCGCGCUUUCUUUUAAGUAUAUCAUUAAAUCGAUACCAUCGGUCUCGGGAUUCUAAGCAGCUGACGUGAGAGAGCUUAUUCAUAAAGCGGAAAACUAAAGGUAACAAAAAGUUGGACUGUUCAUCAUUUCAAACAACAUAAUGAUAACAUCUGAAGAAUAUUAAAUUAGUUUUUUGAUUUGUGAAUUUUCUCAUCUUUUUGUGAUUGGAAGGGGAGAAGGCUUUGAAUCGAUCUCACAUGGUCCUUUAUGGAAUCAACGACCAACUCGGGGCUUUGCAUAAUUGUUUACUUCACUUCAAGUUAUAUAUAUACAUAUAUAUACAUACAUACAUACAUAUAAUAUAUAUAUAUAUAUAUAUAUCUCUGCCCAUAUAUGAUACUGUUCAUAAUUUUUCCAAUGAGCAUUCUAUAUUUACAAAGGAAAUAACAAGAAUACUUGCACAAUUAUUAUUUGCAUUGUCACCGUUAUUCCAUUAAUAGUUGUCCAUAUUCAUAACGCCUGAUCGCCGAAUAUUUUCCAGCGAGUUUGUAAAUAUCAUUUUACGAUUGUAUUUAGUUGAAUGAAGAGCCAACUGUAUGGAUAUAAAAAAAAUGCUGAGAAGAUGUUGAAAAAUUGACUAAUGAGAUAUACCGAUGGGAUUUACUUUUAGAGAUUUAAUCAUUGUUUAAUUUUUGACGUCGGAUAUGUUGAAAUCCUUUCAGCAGGAGUACAAAAGAGGGGAGGAUUCAUUUUUUCCAUCAUCAAAAAAUUAAUAAAAUGACUUAAAUUUUAUUAUUUGUAAAAACCUACAUGAAUACUUCUCGUGAUGAAUACUGUGGAAUAGACUGUAUACAAAUUGAAACUGUUAACAUUAAACCAUAUAAUAGGAGAAAUUAAAAUGAAUAGUGUUAAUUAAUGAGAGAACCGAAGAGUGAAUGAGAAACUAUAAUCCUCGAUGUAUAUUUCAUGUAUGCAGAAACUUUAAAAUGUGUAUAUUAUUCGUAAAAUAGUGAUAAAAAUGAUAAUUCACCGAGAAAGAAAACUAUUACUUAGGCUAGAACCGUAAAGAUGAUGUAGAAACGUGGGAGAGAUGAUUUUACAGUAUAAGAUAUACUCUGCGCACUUCGGACAUUAAGCAUUUAAUUUGUAAUAAAAGAACAGAAAUAUUUCACUGAGAAUGAAUGGACUUAUGCUGUAAAAAUUCAACACCAAUGUAUAUAACUCGAUUCACAUAAAUAUAUCAGCAAAAAUAUUCUACGUAACGAUAUUUUCCGUUACGUUGAGUGAGAGGAACAAAUUAAAGAGACAAAGAUAUCUUCUUACGAGUUAAAAAAAUUAUAAUAAAAGAGAAUAAUCAUAAAUUCACUGAAAGAAA